GGCGGGGCGGAGCGCGGCGCCAAGAUGGCGGCGGCGGCGGCGGGCCCUGCGUGAGCCUCCCGCGGCCCUCCCGGCCCAGGGCGGGCGCGGGCUACGCGGAGCCGAGCCCAGCCGGCAUGUGCGAGACGUACUCGCGGUGGCUGCUGCGGGUAUCGGUGGCGCAGAUCUGUCAGGCGUUGGGCUGGGAUUCGGUGCAGGUUUCGGCCUGCGAUCUCCUCACCGAUGUGCUGCAGCGGUACCUGCAGGGAUUGGGCCGGGGCUGCCACCGCUACUGCGAGCUCUAUGGCCGCACAGAUCCAAUUUUGGAUGACGUAGGGGAUGCCUUUAAGCUCAUGGGGGUUAAUCUACAUGAACUGGAAGAUUAUAUACACAAUAUUGAACCUGUGACUUUCGCGCAUCAAAUCCCUUCAUUUCCCGUCAGCAAGAACAAUGUCCUACAAUUUCCUCAACCUGGGAGUAAAGAUGCAGAAGAAAGGAAAGAAUAUAUCCCGGACUAUAUGCCACCUAUUGUCUCUUCUCAAGAAGAAGAGGAAGAGGAACAAGUACCAACUGAUGGAGGUACAUCUGCGGAGGCCAUGCAGGUGCCACUGGAAGAAGAGGGAGAUAUGGAAGAGGACGAGGCAAUUAAUGAUGAAAAUUACUUGAGCAAGAGACCGUUAGAAAGUCCUGAUGCUGAAGAAUUUCCACCCAUGAAACGACCAAAACUAUCUGUUUCUAAAGGAGAUGCUCUGGAUGGAGCUUUGGAACCACGUGAGCCUCUUAGCUCAAUAAACACUCAAAAAGUACCUCCAAUGCUUUCUCCAGUUCAUGUUCAGGACAGUACAGACUUAGCCCCUCCUUCACCAGAACCACCGAUGUUGGCUCCUAUUGCAAAAUCACAAGUGCCAACUCCCAAGACAUUAGAGUCAAAGCCACUUGCACCCAAGACAAAGUCCAAAACAAGUUCUCCAGGACAAAAGACAAAAUCACCUAAAACUACUCCCUCACCAGUGGUUGCUGGAAGUCCCAUACGUUCACCAAAAACUGGAUCCAAAGAAAAAAAGUCACCAGGUCGCGCCAAGAGCCCAAAAAGUCCCAAAAGUCCAAAGGCUCCUGUUCAUGUUCCCCCACCACCUGUUAAGCCUGAAACACCAAGUAGAACCCCUCUGGCUGCGUUAAGUGACAAAAUAGGAAAGGAAAACAUUCAAGUAAAACAAGGACAGACACCACCUGAGCCUGUGACCAAGCCAAAUAUUGAAAACCAGAAUAAGAAAUUACCAGUGAUGGACAAGACUAUUGAUGAUUCAAUAGAUGCUGUGAUUGCGCGUGCAUGUGCUGAACGAGAACCCGAUCCCUUUGAGUUUUCCUCUGGUUCUGAGUCAGAAGGGGAAAUUUUUACCAGUCCAAAAAGACUUUCUGUUUCGGAGACUAUGGCUACAACUCCUAAACCUUCUGUUUCUGCUAAUUGUUCUAAUAAGGCAGGAGCAACUCCGGUACCUCCAUCAGGUGGGACUUCGAGUUCAGACAUUUCAUGGACAAUGGAUGACUCAAUUGAUGAGGUCAUUCGAAAGGCAAACAUGGGAACGCCUUCUAAUCCACCUGCGAACUUCACUUACUUCUCUUCUCCUUCUGCUUCACCGCCAACUCCAGAACCUCUUCUCAAAGUCUAUGAGGAGAAAACCAAGUUGGCUUCAUCUGUAGAAGUGAAAAAGAAACUGAAGAAAGAGCUGAAGACAAAAAUGAAGAAGAAAGAGAAACAAAAGGAAAAAGAUAAAGAGAAAAACAAAGAGAAAAACAAGGAGAAGGAAAAGAACAAGGAGAAGGACAAAGACAAGGAAGCAAACAAGGAGGCAAAGUUUCAGUGGAAGGAACUUCUCAAAGAUGAUGAACAUGAUCCCUAUAAAUUCAAACUAAAAGACUUUGAGGAUGCUGACACAAAAGUAAAGUUGAAAGAUGGCAAUACCAAAAAAGAGAAAGAAAAACAUAAAGAUAAGAAGAAAGAGAAGGAGAAAGGCAAAAAAGACAAGGAUAAGAAAGACAAAGAGAAAGUUAAAGAUAAGAGUAAGGAAGAUAAGAUAAAGCCUCCAUCAGCACCUCUUGUGUUACCUCCCAAAGAAAUGUCUUUGCCCUUGUUCAGCACACCAACUGCCAUGAGGCUUCCCAGCAUGUUACCUUCCUUGUCUCCUAUGCUUCCUGAAAAGUUGUUUGAGGACAAAGAAAAACCAAAAGAGAAGAAGAAAGACAAAAAAGAGAAGAAGAAAAAGAAAGAAAGGGAGAAAGACAAAGAAAAGGAAAAGAAGGAUAAGGAAAAGGAGAGGAAGGAAAGAGAGAAGAAGGAGAAAGAAAAAGAGAAACAUAAACAUGAAAAGAUAAAGGUGGAACCAGUUGUUCCAGCUCCAUCACCAGUUAUUCCUCGGCUGACACUAAGAGUGGGUGCAGGCCAAGACAAGAUAGUCAUCAGCAAAGUGGUGCCAGCCCCAGAGGCCAAACCUGCUACUCCUGUGAGCCGGCCCAAGACACCUCCACCUGUGCCAUCACCAGUACCAGCUCCUGUGCACGUCACCCCUCCUCCAGCUCCAGCUCCUCCUCCUCCACAGCCUACAGUCUCACCUGCCCUACUUCCACCAGCAUCCCCAGCCGUCUCUGCAGCUGGAGGCUCCAAAGCACCUGUUAGGAGCGUGGUGACUGAGACCGUCAGUACUUACGUGAUCCGAGAUGAAUGGGGUAACCAGAUCUGGUUCUGUCCUGGCUGUAACAAGCCAGAUGAUGGCAGUCCAAUGAUAGGUUGUGAUGACUGCGAUGAUUGGUAUCACUGGCCUUGCGUCGGAAUUACGGCUGCACCCCCAGAAGAGAUGCAAUGGUUCUGCUCCAAGUGUGCCAACAAGAAGAAGGAUAAAAAACACAAGAAAAGGAAGCACAGAGCACACUGAAGACUUGGCUGUGGAUUGAAGUCGUGCGGUCGCUUCAGCGCUUCUGCCCUGACUCCGUCACAGAGGGAUGCGGUGUGCUCGCGUCUCACCCUCCGCCAUCGGGUGUUAUGGGUUUGACUCUGGAGUGAAUUGGGGGCAAGGAUCUGUUGUCCGUUUGGGGGCUGUUGCGUUUCUCAGGCUGUGCGAGCCCAGGGGGGUGGAUUUGGGUACGUUCUGAUGCUGUCUUUCACCUACGGAGGGCCGUCUUUUGCACAGAGCGGUGUGAGGACUUCAGUAGUUAAUGGCACCGCUCCUGUGGCUCGGCAGCAACAAAGACGAAUGUUGUAAAUACAGAUAGCUGUCCUAUUCUUUCUUGAUUUGUUUUUUAUUCCUCUGAAACCUUUGCGGUAAGGUGCUGAGAGGAGACGAAAAUGUAAAUUGCAGUAAUUGUAAACCUAGAAGACCUUCUGGAAUGAUUUCUUUAGUCUGGGUGCAGUUCAGCCUCUACUCCUGCUGAACCAGAUAAUCAUAACGUGGAAAUAAAAAGUGGCUGGUAAAUAUUUUUGUGACAAGAAUAUAAGAAGCUUUUUCCCUUGAUUUUUAGUACUAACAUAAAAUAAACAUGUUCAAGCUUUUGUGAUAUAUCUUCUAUUUUUUAAAAAGGAAAGUUUCUAUUGUGUCGAUUUUUUUCUUCCGUGUGAAUUUAUUUCAGUGGACCUGUAAUAUAUUUUAUACUUUGGUUUUGUUCUUUAGUCUUCGUCAGUGUUCCAUUUCAUUGCUUGUACAUUUCACAGGUGCGUAAAACCACCUCCCAUUAAAAGAGUUUCACACAUGUAAAUACCUGAUAUUUAUAAAGUACCUUUUUAUUUUUUAGGGCAUGAGGAUUUUUAUUUUUGUUUGCCUCAGAAGACAAACCUAGCAGCUAUUAAAAGCCUGUGUGACACACGCUUGUCCUUGUGGCUUUAAGGGAUUGGCGAGAUCUGCCCCAGUGGUGCGCGCACGAGAAGUCAACCAGCACCAUAAUUAGGCCUUGAUUCAGAUACUUAAACAUGUGGUAACUUCUUAAGAAGUGAGUAAUCCUAUUGCCUUCAAGGAGACUGUUCCCACACUUAGUUAUACAUGUGCUUAAAUGCCUUCUGAAUUGAGGGCUUAGGCCAGGGGCUCUGCACUUUUAAUGGUAGCUCCAGUGUGUUAAUCUGUAGCUGGAGCUCAGUUUUUUGGUUUUUUUUUUUUCCUUUUUUUUAACAAGUGGUAUUGAGUUUGCCAAAAUGGCCAGGCUUGCGUUGGGGUGAAGGACGUGCCAGCUGCCAUUAAGACCAAGAGACACAUUGCUCUGCUUUGUGUGUCCCCUUGGAAAGACCAGCAGAAUGAAUAUGAGCUGUAUUUUAAAUGAGGGCAAAAAUAGAGAGAAAAAAAAAACAAAAGAAAAAAACAGUAUUAGAUAUUGUAGAACAGUGGGUCUCAGAGCUAAACAAAAUAUAUAAGAAUAAAUUCCAUUGUUUCUGAUGCCAUGGGGAGCAUUUAGACUUCAUUGCUUCAUUUGGGGAUAUUUCUACUUCAGACUGUACAGUGAGAAACGUCUGAGGUUUGAGCAUACGGCCCUUUAACCUGUUGCACAGAUAUUAAGGGUUAUUUUUUAAAUGCAUCCAAAUUGAUAUUAAUGAGAAUGAAUUAGUCAUGUUUUUAAACAUACCGGUCUAGUUAGGGAAAUGAGGCUUUGCUGAUAGAACUGUUAAAUUGCAAAUCGGUGGAGAUAUGGAUGAAAUUGGUUUAUUAAAAGUGCACUGUUACCUUCUUUGUUCAAUGCCACUUCAUUUAUAUACUGUCCCUGGUAAUUACCAGUCCGUGUGUUUAGUCAAGAAAGUUCUUGGGUUUGCUAUUUUUUAUUUUGAAUUGUUGAAUGUUUCAAACCUGAUUCUUGUUUUACUCCACAUGUAAUACGCAGACAUACAAAAUAUGCAGUCUUUGGUCAUUUCUGGUUGCAAUAAUAAAGAACUAGCUUUUGGU